AUGUCUCCCACUCCAACCCCGAAAGUAAAGAUUAGCGACAAGAGGCCCGAAAUUCUUGGCGCGGCCGAGGCGAGAAGCCCGGAGGAAUCCGAGGCUGAAUCAAACGAUCUAGCCACCGAGCUCGUCCGUUUUGAGCCCCAACUCGCCCACGCGUCCGCCUUCACCCCUACCGGGCUUCCAGGAUGGUUUCAGGCAAAAACGACCCUGAUAAAGGUGCCGAGUCACCGGACAAUCGAACAGCUCGGCCGGAUCCUCGAGAAAAGCUCAUCACCAAAUAACCUAUCGGAAUCCCUACGCUGCCUCUCCAAUCCGUACCACAAAAAUAGCGGGCGAGAUGAUAUAAUUUUUGACCUGUUCAAAUUGCCUGGGACGAAUGAGGCGUCAGUCGGAAAGUUGAUUACGGUCCUAAAAGGUCUCGGCUUGCGACGAGACGAUCCCCGGCUAAAGGAAAUGAUGUCAAGGGUCCGAACGUUCACCAAAAUGGAAGAGGAACUCAACCACGAGACCAAGGACCCAAACCACUGGAAGCUGAGCCGGGAGCAAUUUUGCGAAUGCAUCUCCCCUUCAACCGAGCUGAUUUCACAAGCCCUCCAAAAUAACCUCGUCAUCCCUUGUUGGCCAGUUUUUACCGAGAAGAUCAGAGAUAUAUAUUUAAAGUGCAAAUUGAUCAAAGACGGCCAAUGCGCGCAGUACAUUCCGCAACUAGCCAGGGGUGACCCGGAAAAGUUUGGAGUAUCGAUAUGUACUGUCGAUGGGCAGAGGGCCUCCUGGGGCGAUUCCAAGAUCCCCUUCUGCGUCCAGUCCGUCUCCAAGGCGUUCACCUACGCCAUAGCUUCCUCAGAGUUGGGAGCCGAAAAAGUGCAUUCUUACGUCGGGCAAGAGCCGUCUGGCCGCUUUUUCAACGAGAUUUGCCUUGACCCGAGUGGCUAUCCCCACAAUCCGAUGGUCAAUUCCGGGGCUAUCGUGGUCGCGUCUUUAUUGCAGCCCGACCUCGACAUGGCCGACCGGUUUGAGCACGUGCUCACCGAGUACAAGAAAAUUGCCGGCGGCGAAUACGUCGGCUUCAACAACGCGACUUUCUUAUCCGAGAGGGCAACCGCCGACCGGAACUAUGCGAUCGCCUACUUUUUGAAGGAGAACAAGUGCUUCCCGGAGGGGAUGCCCUCUCUCGUCGAGACCCUCGACUUCUAUUUCCAACUGUGCUCACUGGAAGUGACCUGCGAGACGAUGAGCGUCAUGGCUGCAACAUUGGCGAACGGGGGCGUUUGCCCGAUCACCGGCGAGCGCUGUAUCGCGCCCAGCGCCUGCCGCGAUGUCCUCUCGUUGAUGUAUUCUUGUGGAAUGUAUGACGCGAGCGGGCAGUUCUCAUUCUCGGUCGGCCUCCCCGCCAAGUCCGGCGUCUCCGGAAUCAUGAUCGUCGUCGUGCCGAACGUGAUGGGCAUCGCCCUCUGGUCACCGCCGCUCGAUAAAAUGGGCAAUUCGUGUCGUGGUGUGGCGUUUUCAAGGGAACUCGUGGCGCAGUUCAACUUCCACAACUACGACUGCCUGCUCCACACCGAGAGCACCAAGUUCGAUCCGCGGCGCCACGAUAAUCGGGAACGAGAUCAGUGCGUGCCGGUGUUGUUCGCCGCGCGAGAUGGCGAUAUGCAAGCGAUUCGAAGGCUUUACAUGCAAGGCGCCGACCUGUCCGUUUCUGAUUAUGACCAACGAACGCCGCUUCACGUCGCCGCCAGCGAGGGGCAUCUAGAGGUGGUCAGAUUCCUCGUGCUCACCGCAAAAGUGGAAAUUGACGUGAAAGAUCGCUGGGGCCAAAUCCCGAUCGACGACGCCCGCGGCUUCAACCGGACGACGUGCGUGGAGUUUCUUGAAGCUGUUGCAGAGGGCAAAAACCUGGAUCAAGCCUCGGUGUCCUCCUCCUCGAUGGCGUCGAUCGAGAGCCUCGAUGCGCCGAGCGACCCCAAAUAUCAGCACUACCGGCCGCGGUUUUCAAUUGCUGACGGGCAA